UUUUGGGGGCUGGCAGCGCCCCCCGCGGGGUCUCCGUCCUCGUAGGUGCCGAAGGGGCCCGUGCGCGGCCGCGAGGACUGAGCGCCGGCUGCCACCGGCCGGGGGUCGCCGAGGUGCCUUCCCAGCGUUUGGCAUUCUACCCAGAACAGCAGAAAAUGAACAAAUCCCAGAAAUGUGCUGGUCAGGGAUCCGUGUCAUUCAGGGAUGUGACUGUGGACUUUACCCGGGACGAGUGGUCACAACUGACGGGCACACAGAGGACACUGUACCGGGACGUGAUGCUGGAGAACUACAGUCACCUGGUCUCAGUGGGGUGUCACCUCGCCAAACCAGAGGUGAUCUUCAGGCUGGAGCAAGGCGAGGAGCUGUGGCCCUCAGACGCAGAGAUCCCAGACCAGGGUGAUCAAGACAGAAACCAGGAAGACCAAGACAAACAUUUGUGGCGAGUUUCACUCAUCAGCAAAAAAUCACUGACUAAGAACAGAGAGAAUGUUUUCAGAGAAACACCCUGUCAGGAUGUCUCUCAUGGAAAACGUUUGAAAAAUGUUUCAGAAUCAAUUUUUAGUAAUAACAAUUAUUCGGGUAAGAACUCUGAUGAAAUUAAUGCAUGUGGGAAGUUACUAUCUGGUAAUAACCAAGGAAAUACUCAUACUGGAAAAAAGUCUGGCGAACAGAACCUAGGUGGGAAAUCCCCAAGUCGUAUUGAGGGCUGUACUGAACAACAGAAAAUUCAAACUUUGGGGCCACUUUUUGAAAAUAAUGAAUGUAGAGAGAUCUUUCUUAAUAAGGCAGCUGUCAUUACACCUACCAGGGCUCAAACAGAAGAGCAAUCCUGUGAUUCUAAGGAACAGGGACGAAAUACCAGAGAUGAGUCAGCCCUUGAAGUCCUUCAGGAAACUCACACAAGGAAGAACCGCUGUGAGGUUGAUGAGUGCCGGAAGUCAACCCUCCUAAAACAUCAGAAAGUUAACGUGGAAUGUAAUGACAACGAGACUAAUUUCAGCAAGAAGUCCCAUGACACUCAACCUCCCGAAACUCACACAGGAGAGAAAACCUUUGAAUGUAGUCACUGCCAGAAAUCUUUCGACCAGGAGGCCCACCUGACUCAGCACCAGAAGACACACACAAGAGAGAAACCCCGUGGAAGUAAUAUAUCUGGAAAAACCCUUCAGAAAUCACAGCUCACAGACCCUCUGCAAUCUCAGGCAAGAGAGAAACUCAGUGACUACGGUGAAGCCCCUGUGCCGUCAGGCCUUGCCGAUCAGCAGAGAACACGGUCAGAAGGGAAGUUUUAUGUGUGUAACGAGUGCAGGAAGUCUUUCCGUCAUAGCUCAGCCCUCAAAGUCCAUCAGAGAAUUCACACGGGAGAGAAGCCCUAUCAAUGCACCGAGUGUGGGAAAUCCUUUUAUGCCAAAUCAAACUUGAACCAUCAUCAGAGGACUCAUACAGGGGAGAAGCCCUAUGAGUGUACGGAGUGUGGGAAAUCCUUCUGUGUGAAAUCAAACUUAACUAAACAUCAGAAAACACAUACAGGAGAGAAACCUUUCAAAUGUAAUGAAUGUGGGAAAACUUUCUUACAGAAGUCACAGUUUGCUGACCAUCAGAGAACACACACGGGGGAGAGACCCUAUGUAUGUAAUGAGUGCGGUAAAUCCUUCUACUAUAAGUCAGCCCUGCACGUACAUCAGGGGAAGCAUACAGAAGAGAAACCCUUUAAAUGCACCGACUGUGGGAAAUCCUUCUGCUAUAAAUCUGCCUUAAUUAUCCAUCAGGUGUCUCACACAGGGAAGAAACCCUAUGACUGUAAUGAAUGUGGGAAAACCUUCUGUGUGAAGUCAAACCUCACUAAACAUCAGAAAAUUCACACUGGUUUGAAACCUUAUGAAUGUAAUGAGUGUGGCAAAGCCUUCUCUAUGAAUUCGAUCCUAAUAGUACACCAGAGAACCCACACGGGGGAGAAACCCUAUGGGUGCAAUGAAUGUGAGAAGUCCUUCUAUAAAAAAUCAGCCCUCACUAAACACCAGAAAACACACACAGGGGAGAAACCACACGCAUGUAACGAAUGUGGGAAGGCCUUCCAUAUGAAAUCCACCCUGGUCAUACACCAGAGAACUCACACUGGAGAGAAACCCUUUAAAUGUAACGAAUGUGAAAAGUCAUUCUACGUGAAGUCACUUCUUAACAUUCAUCAGAGAAAUCACACAGGAAAGAAACCCCACGUAUGUAGUGAAUGUGGGAAAGCCUUUUCUAUGAAGUCCAAUCUCACCGACCAUCAGAGGACACAUUCAGAAGAGAAACCCUAUGAAUGUAACGAAUGUCAGAAGACCUUUCGCCAUAAAUCGACUUUAACGGUACACCAGAGAACUCACACAGGGGAGAAACCCUAUAAAUGUAAUGAAUGUGGGAAAUCCUUCUAUAUGAAGUCAGCCCUCAGUCAACACCAGAGAAUACACACAGGGGAAAAGCCUUAUGAAUGUAAAGAAUGUGGGAAAACCUUCUUCCAGAAGUCACAUCUCACGAAACAUCAGCGCACACACACAGGGGAGAAACCCUAUGAAUGUAAGGAAUGUAAAAAAACCUUCUUCCAGAAGUCACACCUCAUUGAACACCAGAGAACCCACACUGGGGAGAAGCCCCAUGAAUGUAACAAGUGUGGGAAAUCUUUUUGUUACAAGUCAGCCUUAACCAUACAUCAGAGAACUCACACGGAAGAGAAACCAUAUAAAUGUAAUGAAUGUGAGAAAUCUUUCUGUAUGAAAUCACACCUCACCGUCCAUCAGAGAACUCACACAGGGAAGAACCCCUUUGAAUGUAAGGAAUGUGGGAAGACUUUUUAUGUGAAGUCAAACCUCAUCAAUCAUCAGAGGACUCAUACAGGGGAGAAGCCCUAUGAAUGUAAGCGAUGCGGGAAGUCCUUCUGUAUGAAGUCGACCCUCACGGUUCAUCAGCGCACACACACAGGGGAGAAGCCCUAUGAAUGUAACGAAUGUGGGAAGUCAUUCUGCAAGAAGUCGACUCUCACGAAACAUCAGGUAAUUCACACAAGGGAGAUACUAAGGUGCAGCAAAUGUGGAAAGCCCUCCUGUGUGAAGUAGAAUUUCGUCAACACCAAGAGCACCCGUGGGAGAGACCUUAGGACCGUAGUAAUGUGAAGAACUCUUGGGGAACUUCAGUCUUCAGUUGGCAUUGAAAGACACAACAUGGGGUGGGGGUAGGUGGGCUCUCUCUCUCAGAAAAUUUCUGUGUCAGAUCUUAUGAAAUACCAGAGAGCCCACAUGGAGAGAGCCGAGAACGUCCUGUAUGUGAGUGUCCAUCUAUGGAUCUGAGAAGAUGUCUCAGAGGAAUCAGUCACAGGGCUCAAACCACAAAGAAUGCCACAGAAGUAUAAAAGCAUUUACAGAGUCACAGCUUACGGAUCAUCAGGUAAUUGAUAUUCGAGUGGAACUGUUACCAGUGUUUUACAUGCAUGAAAGCUUUUGAGGAAAAAUAAAAUCAGACUCUGUAUAAGAAAGGAAUUAAUCUUGAGGGAAAAUCUAUCAAUUUGGGAAAUGUGGAUACAUUUUCUUUGGAAAUAUCGUAACACUAGAAGUCCGGAUUCGGAUGUGGUACAAGAUGUUGAAGAUGUGCCAUAAGAUACCUCUGACGCUAACGGUGCUCAUUGUGGGAUCACGAGGCCUUUGGUGGCGGCUGCUCACAGCACCAGACGCCAGAGGUGCACCUGAGGAAUCGAGGCUUUGGUAUAUUGUGUGCAGCAUAGACACGUUGUGCACGUUUGGCUUACGUGGCUGGUGUUGAAAUAGGUGUCGGUAGGAAGUGUCUCCCCACAGCUCAAUAAUUCCCAUGACAGACUUCUCACACUACAGGGCCCCCAUGUGUUUCUGUAUGUUUGUAGUACAGAAUGCAUUACAGGGGACAUGCUUGACAAAUUUUGAAAUUCUAUACGCCAACAUACUGUUCAGUGAGGAUCACGGAGUACUGUCCACCGUAGGGCAUGCUCCCUUCCGUGUAAGUUGAGAGGAAGUAAGUUACACACACAGUUGCUUGUUUUUGCAAAGAGAAAGGCUAGAAGGAGAAACGACAAGCUAAGAAAAAUGAAUUCCUAUGGAGGGAGGAGUGAACAGGGGGGAGUCAGGGAUGGAAGCAAGGUUUGGUUACGCCUUCAUAGGACAUUUUGACUUUUGAACAAUAUAAAUGAUUUAUAUAUUCAAAACCAGAAAAUAAAGGCAUUCUGAAAUCGAAAACAGAAAUGAACUUUACGUCAAAUUGGUAACAACACAGAGAAAACAAUUCUUACAGGAAACUUCGGAAUACAGAGUUAGGACUAUAUAUCCCUAAUGGUAUGUUUAAGGGCAAAGAUUUGCAAAAAAUUAUAAACACCACUCAUUUUUUGUUAGUAAUAAUUUGUGUUAUUUUAGAUCUAGUUUGUGUAUGUUGUAAGAUAAAGCAAAACGAAACUGUUAAUGUUACCAGGAACCACACUUCCCAGUUUACAAGAAGAGAUGACCAUAAAAAUGAAAGAAUUUAUGUAAAACUCCCCAUGAGAAGUAUGAACUGAUCAGACAUUAUUUUUAAAAAGUGUAUGUAUGAGCUCGUCCGCUGAGGGUCUGGAAGCAGGGGCAGCCCCACGGAUGUGCAGCCUCGGUGCCAGCAUUUCCCUCUUGAGGAGCCAGGACUCCCUGGAGAAACAGCUGGUUCUAGGUCCGGGCCUUUAAGUGUCCAGGGUGAGGCUGGGAGCUCUUGGGUCAAGAAACCAAGGAAGUCCUCAAGAUUAAUGGGGACGCGUCAGUGGUCCCAGAGGCUACCUUGCAGGGUUUCUCCCUCGCCAAAUUUGAGGUAGUUUGACGGUCCAACAGAACAACUGUAAUGGAUUGCACAACAUUUGAUUAAACAAAAAUCUGUGUCCACAUCAAUAUGGAAAAAGAGGGGCACGAGCUUAUUUCCACCGUUGUAGGUGAAUCUUACACAAGCUCCUUUCUCUUUAAUGAGAAGGAAACCAUUUUCACCCUGCCC